AUGUCGGCCGAAGCGUCCACGGCUGCGCAAGAACUGGCCGAAACCGAGCAACAAUUGGCGGACGUGGAAGAACUCUUGCGGGCUGCUCCGGAAGAUCUGUCGUUGCAGAGCCUGCGCUCGGACUUGCAACAACUUUUGGAAAUCACGCGGCUAUCGUCAGCCCCAUCACAAUCAUCACCUCCCCCCUUCGCAUCGUCCAUAUCCGCAGCGAUCACUACUGAUACCAGUCCCAUAGCCAAAAGACCUGUGGACGCAUCCGGCACCAACGUCGACGACGACAACGGUGAUAACGACGGUCCUUCCCAUCCCCACGGCGGCAACGAUGACGCUGAUACGCAUGAACCUGCCAAAAAGAAAAAGAAAAAAGAGAAAUUGCUUCGUGACUUUGCCGUGCCGUCCCACCUGAUUCCCUUGGAUACGGACAGUGAAGCGGAACGCAAUCGCAAACGUCGCGCGCUAAAAUCCCUCAAAAGUAAACACCGAGAACAACAAAAACACCAACAAGCCAAUCAGAAACAGAAAUCUUGGCAAUCCUUUCAGAAGAAAAAGGGGCAUACGGACACCAGCAGCAUGUUUGCCACGACCGACGCCAAAGUAGGCGUCGUAGCCGCGUCAACUGGAGGCCGACAAUGGACCGACUUUGCGGAACGCCAGCGCCACGCCAAAAAGUAA